UCCAGAGGAUCAGGUUUUUCAAGAUGUGCGAGAUCGCAUUAACCAAUUGACAGAAUCUUCGGAUCCCUGGGGAGGAUGUGACGAAGACAUGGCAUGGACAUCGAGAAUCGACAACGCUUCGAAUGAAAAACCAAUGCUGGGGGUAGGGGGUUCCGAAGAGGAAAAAGAAGGGCUCGAUAAGCCGACCGAACAUGGUGUUGACAACGCAGUAGAAGAUGGCAAGGAAUAUCAGGCUGCGAUUACCCAAGUUCGCAAAGACAACGAAGAAGAGUGCAUAACACAAGUUGUAAAAAGCUAUGACGGACAACCGAUAUGCCAGGAAGAGUCCCAAUAUCAUGGAAGCGAAAGAGCGCUUAUUGGUAACGAUGGCAUAGUUAUUCAAGAUUGCCAAUACGAUAAAGAGUGUGAUAUACAAUUCAUGACUAAUGGGGAAGAAGAAAUGUGUGACAAACAUAAGCGCUACUCUGAAGCAGGCGCUUGUGACAACGUUGAACUCUAUGAUAAAGUUAAUGGAGAUAUCGACGACCGACCAGCACCCCCUUUGGUGGACGAGGUGUCCUGGCAACCACCACUCAAUCUUGACGAUGUUCUGAAACAAUCCAUUGCCGAGUGUGAUUUACCUUGCAAUGAAGAUGUCGGCUGUAACGAAGAUGCACCCUGCAUGCAAGGUCGAAUCAAUUUUGACGAGAUCUAUUUACGUACACCAUGUCCUAGCUCGUCAAAAGAACCUGGUACAUCGAUUAUCAACAGGGUGGCUAUUAAUAACGUAUGCAAGCGAAGAUUAGCAGAAGAAUUAUUUCAAGGUAUCCAUACAGACUCUGAGUUUAAUUUUGACCCUUGAUUACUAAAGAGAGGAUGAACAAGUCUUAUAUUGAAGAUCUAAUCAAAUACGGUUUUGAUAGUAAUGACAGUAUUGACGAUUGUUUAUCACAAUCGUCAAUAUAUGAUACAUUAAUUGACGAUAGCGUCUAUAGUGAUACUUAUUGUGACAAUGCGGACGAUGAUAAUGACAAUACAUCGUAUUAUAAUCGAGUCAA